AUGAAAGGAAUCGUUAAUAGUGGAUUUAUUGCAGAAAAUGAAGAUCACAAGGUUAAAGUGGAAGAAGAUUCAUUUGAAUUAAAAGAUGAAGUUAAUGGUAAAGACAUAUCAUCUUCAUUACAAAACACAGAAUCAAAUAAUAAUUAUAAAAAUAAUAAUAUUAAUAAUGAUGAUGACAAUGUAAACAUAUUAGCAAAAAUAAUUAUUAAAACUCGCACUGUGAUAAAAAAAAAAUUCUCAGGCUCAAAUUCAUCUGGGACAUUUUCAUUUUGGAAAAUUUUUUCACAUGGUGUUUUCUUAGCCAUAUUGGCUGCUUCAAUAGUAAAGUAUUUUAAAAGCGGUGUGACAAAUAUUGAUUGGUGCGAAGGAGUGGGAUUUCUAUGGAUUUUAUAUUUUUUAACAUAUUGUUUUUUACUUUAUUCAAUUAUAAAAAAAUAUGCAGGGAAUAAAUUAGAAACACGCUUUGUAAAAAUCACUGGCAAAAUUUUAUCCUUAUCUAAUAAUAAGUACGUACGUGGUAUUUUAUAUGCGAUACCAAUAAUUGCACUUGCAACGUAUGUGGCAUUGUUUCCAGGGAAAUCCGGUCGUAGAAUAUUUUCAUUUUUGGGUAUCGUUGUUUUUACCCUUUUCGGUUUUAUUUUUUCCAAAUAUCCGGGUCAUAUAAAAUGGAGAACUGUAAUCGCUGGUAUGGCACUCCAGUUUGUUUUUGGUUUGAUUACCAUCAACUGGGAAGGAGGAAGAAAAAUAUUAGAAUGUAUAGGAAGUAAAGUGACGCAAUUUUUAUUAUACUCCGAACAGGGAGCUUUAUUUGUUUAUGGACAUUUAUCACAACCCCACGAUAAUCACGGACCGAUUUUUGCAUUUUCUGUUUUGCCCGUCAUAUUUUUUCUAAGCUUUUCCAUAAAUAUUUUAAAUUACUAUGGAAUUCUUCAGUGGUUCAUAAUUAAAAUUAGUACGGUUGUUAAAGUUGUCAUGAAUACGACAGCAUGUGAAUCCGUUAAUGCUGUCGCUAGCAUAUUUUUAGGAAUGACAGAAACUCCAAUUUUAAUUAAAAGUUAUAUUAAAGAUUUAACGGAAUCUGAAAUUUGUGCCAUUUUAUGUGCGGGUUGGUCUACGGUCGCCGGUGUAGUUAUGGCUGCCUACAUAAAAUUUGGCGUUAAAGCAUCACAUUUAAUAUCUGCCAGUUUUAUGUCGGCUCCUGCAUCAUUAUCUUUCUCCAAAUUGUUUUAUCCGGAAACAAACGUUUCGAAAACUUGUUUAAAUAAAUUAGUUUUGGAAAAAGAGGACGCUUCCAACGGAUUAGACGCGGCUACAAGGGGUGCAAUAUCUGCCAUUUCAAUGGUUUUAGGGAUUGUGGCGAAUAUAAUUGCCGUUUUGUCAUUUGUAGCAUUUAUUGAUGGAGUACUCAUGUGGCUUGGACUUGUUAUUGGCAUUGAAGAAUUAUCUUUAAAGUUAAUACUAGGAAAAAUAUUCAUACCAGUGAGUUUUUUAAUCGGUGUCGAUACGGAAUCAUUAGAAGAAGUAUCAUAUUUAAUUGGAAUAAAAACAGUAGCAAAUGAAUUUCAAGCUUAUCUAGAAUUAAGUGAAUUAAUUAAACAGGAAAAAUUAAGCGAAAGAUCCGAGAUUUUAGCAACGUAUGCACUUUGUGGAUUUUCCAAUUUUGGCUCAAUAGGCAUAUCAGUUGGAGUGUUUAGCGCAAUAGAACCAAGUCAAAGUUCUGCAGUUACUAAAGUUGCUUGCAGAGCAUUUAUUGCAGCCAAUAUUGUUUGUUUUUUGACUGCUUGUAUUGCUGGUUGUAUAAUUCAGUAA